ACGGUCGGAUUUCAAAAUCCGCCAUCCCGGAUCAAGAGCGGCAAAGUCCGCCCGCCUCUUGAAACAUGGCUGCUCGGCGGGGCGCUCUCAUCGUGCUGGAGGGGAUAGACCGAUCCGGGAAAAGCACCCAGUGCAGGAAGUUACAGGAGGCCUUGCGGGAGCACGGUCGAGCCGCUGAGGUCCUGCAGUUCCCGGACCGAAGUACUGAAAUCGGCGGCCUGAUCAGCUCCUACCUGGAGAAGAAGAGUAAUCUCGAGGAUCACACCGUGCACCUGCUGUUUGCCGCCAACAGAUGGGAACGAGUGCCACUGAUUAAAGAAAAGUUACAACAAGGGAUCACUCUCAUCUUGGAUAGAUAUGCAUUUUCUGGAGUUGCGUUCACUAGUGCAAAGCCAGAUUUCACAUUGGAAUGGUGCAAACAACCAGAUGUAGGUAUUCCAAAGCCUGAUGUAAUCCUGUUUCUUCAUCUUCAACCUUCGACAGCUGCGAAGCGAGGGGGCUUUGGCAACGAGCGAUAUGAAAACUAUACCUUCCAGGACUCAGUACUUAAGCAGUUUGAAGAGUUGAUGAAAGAUGAGACUUUAAACUGGAAGAAACUAGAUGCUUCUCAAAGUGUUGAAGAUUUACAUCAGGAAAUAUUGUCUCGGGUGAAGAAAACCAUUGAAAAAGUUGGCGAGGAACCUAUCGGAGAACUCUGGAAAUAGAAUCCUUUUUCCCUGGGUGAAAUUUGGGAGAGUGGUGAUUAUGAAGAUUAUUGCACUCCCUUUGUAUUCAGUACUGUGUUCAUCCAUUUGCACAUAUUCUCAUAUCAGCUGCUGUAGAAAUUUGUUUCUGCAUUGAAGGGAAACGUUCAGAGAGGUCAGUCUAGUACCUUUUUCUGAAAAAUAGCUAUUAGUAAUAUUAGCAAAAUAAAACUGUUUAUAAUUUGGUCACCAA